AUGUGCCUGGAGACCUUCAAAAAAUCCAAAUCAUGCCGGUCCACCUUCAGACAUUUGCAAAUAUGCAACGCCCAUCUCUCGAUCAACCCAGAAGUUAAUCGUGCCGUUGAUUGCAACAAGUACAAGGGGAAACGCGUCAAGCUUGCCAAUGGAAGAUGCAAUUGUCGUCGAGAUGGUAGCACAUGCAUUUUCGAGCAUAGAAAUGGGGAGCGUAUUGUUACUUUCGAGGAAAAGGAGGAUAGUGACUUGAAUAAAAGGGGCAUGGCUAAAAAACACAUGGAUCCAAGGGAGGGAUACUGGAACCAGAAAGGCGAAGCUGGGAGUGGCGCGUUUUGGCGGGAUUUGGGUGUAAAUCAAGGUGCGCAGAAAGUGGUUGGUCAAGAAGCUACUGAAUAUCGAGAAUUUCUCAGGCGUGUUAGGGAAUUCGAGGAGUUGCCAAAAGUAAAGAGAAUGACACCUUCUUCCUCUAAAGAAUCUUACUCUAACUUAGACGAACGCGCGAACACCUCCAAUAGCCAAAAGUCGCGCAAUGGGAAAAGCAUUCUACUUCUCACAAGAUCAAAUACUCGCGCUGAUAUCGAUCCGGAUGAAACCGAGAACGCUACACGAACUACUGAGGCGGAAUCCACGAAGGCGAAGGAGGACUUAGUCACCAGCAAUUCGGAUCCUCAUGAUAACCACCCUGACGAAGGCGAAAUUUCUUCAACAAUCGAAGAGGUUAGCAAUCUGCGCUCGGAGAGCCUAGGUAGUGAAUACAGGAAUCAGUCAGGUGAAAGUGAGGAUACUUCCAGUGAUGAGGAAGUCACCGCUGCAAAUUUCAUGAAGAGGAAGAGGAGCCUGCGUACUCCAAGUGUUGAACCUCUGUCGAAUGUCGGUUCUCCAACUGAAAGCGGCGAGAGCCACAACAUCGACGGGCUCCAGAAGGAGCUUGAGAUAAUAACUCGGGACUCGACGAUAUGUACUAGUAGACUUCGGCAGAAGAAAAAGCUUCGCUUUGAGAAUACGGCGGGUAUGUGUCUUGAUGAGUCGGAUUCUGAUGAGGAGAGGGAUGUUUAUGUGCCAGCUGUUCAAGAUGGGUCUCAGGAGGAGGAGGAGGAGGAGGAGGAAGAGGAAAUGGAGACUACCCUAAACUGUGAUGAGCGAGAAGUCUCGGAAUUAUCAACAGUGACAACUAUCAAUCGUCCGAUGGAAAACCCCGAUGCUCAAGAAAUACUCAGCAUAUUGACAUCAACUGCCGACAAUCAUACUCCUGCUAAUAGAGAACCGCAACACGCAUACUCACCACCCUCUAUAUUGCGUAUAUUUCCAGACAGGGAAGCUGCUCGAACAAAUUACUUGGGAGGCCUGCGUCCUGCUGCACUCCGACAAGAGGCAGGAUACCAGUGUUUUCCAGGGCAAAUAGAACCAGGGAAUGUGUGGCAACAAAGGGUCGAGCAUGAAAAGGCGAGGCAACUGGCGUUUUACUUUGAUUUGUAUGGGAUGCCCGAUGAAAAAAGAAUUCAGUUUCAGAUUGAAAGAUGGGAGAACCUCAAAAAACUGGCUUUUGAGCACAAAGCUGCUGGAGAUACUCGAGAUCUGAACGAGAUUACCAUUAGCCUCGACACUUUCUACCAUUCUUUAUAUCCUAAAAUCUUGGACAAACCCUUUCCCUCUCAUGUUCUUAAAGCUAUAGGAAGAGUAUCCUUCGAAUUCUUAAGAUUAACGGACUUUAAAGAGUUCAAUGUGGAUGAGCUGAAUAUUCCCUCGAUACGCCGCACGAUCAGAUCACUUACCUGUGGCAAAAGGUUCGUGUAUGAACGUGAUGAGACAAAAUGUCUUGCGGAAUGGUCGGUGUUGGAGGAUUAUGAAAUGACGAAGGAUCUACGGGGAAAACCUGGGAAAGAGAUCUUGAGAUGGGACGAUUACUGUUGUCAAGCUGCCCGGUUGAUUACUGAUGGCGAUCGAAGGUGGGUAAGUGAGAUUGUUUUGGAUUUAAAUACGCAGUUUCAAAUACACAGUGGAAGCGAGACACACGACGAAGAACAACAUUCCGUAGGAGAAGGCGGCGGAGUCGAAGAUGUGAGAGGCAACGAAGAACGGGAUACGGAAGAAGGGACGGCGGAAGAGGAAGAAACGACACGAUUUGAGGGAGUUGAUGCUGAGGUAACGGUGGACGAUGUUGCAGAUGAUGAAAAGGAUGACGACGAUAUGACAGAUGAAGGGAGUACGAUACACGUCGCACAUCCUGAAGAGUCUAAUAUGGAAGCAUACAUGGAAGAAAACGAAAACGAAGAAGAGGAAGAGAUUUCGGGAGACAGAGUUGGUACACACCAAGCAGUAACUGUUACGGCAAGCAUUGAAGAAGAUGAAGGAGCGAUAACGGAAGAAGGAGAAGCUAUACACGUCGCAAACUUCGAACAACUUGAUACGAUAGAGGAAGUUGAAGAAAACACGGCAGAACACGACGAAGUGACAUACCUCGGAGAAAGUUGUGGGGGGCCAGAGACGGAAGAAGAUGAAGAAGCGACGCCAACUGUGGAUGUAGACCAUGUAGAGCACGAACUAUUUCAUUCCGAAACUAUGAAGGCGACAGUUCCCGAAGAAGCCACAACACAGAGAAUAUCAAGGCACGAAGAAAAAUCACACACGGAAGAAGAAAUCGCACAAAAUGGGGCAGCAGCACAGGCUGAUGGAUUUAACACGGAAGUAAAUAAUGAGGAAGCGUAUGAACAAUCUCCACUUCAAAAUCAUCGAGCAAGUCACGGCGAAGGAUCAUGUGCGGCAGAACAAAUUCCAGCAGAUGCAGAAGCGACACACAUUGAAGGAGUCAACGUAGAGGCAGAAGGAGACGCCUACGAGCAAUUUCCAUUCUCAAUCGUUGAACCCUUACUUCCCGCAACAAUCGACCCGCAGAGAUCAAUGGAACCAGAAGACGCCGAAGAAGUCAAUACAGAGGCAUCAACCAGAAGCGUGUCAGUAGCAAACACGAAUAUCUCGGCGGAGGUGGAUGUACAGAUGACAGACCCGGAAGAGGCCAACUCGCACGCUUCAUCUCCGGCAUUUUUCGAAGCCGACGAAGGUAACGCGAAUGUAUCGAUGGAAGCAACUGAUAUAGUAACAGCCCCUAACGUUGUUAUUUCGGAGGAUGUGGCAGAAGUUGUUGAAGAAGCGGUAGUCCCCAAGGAAGCCUAUACGGUGAAUAUAAUCGAAAUCCAUGAACCAGCGCCAAAGCCCAGAGAAGUCAACACGCAGCAGACAUCCAUGAAAGCAGCUGGACAAAGAUCGAUUAUUCAGGAUAAGGAUAAUAUUGUAAAUAUUCGAGAAUGGCUGUUGUAG